UACCAAGCAGUUGAUUCUAAGCAAUUGACGGAGCCGGACGCUCACUCCGCCUGCCCUGGAAUAUUGAUAAUUUUGUUCUUUUUCGCUCUCUCUUUAACUCUCUUGUGUAAUUGUGCAAUUGGUGUUCUUGUGACAGUUGCAAGAUUUACACCGAAACAGAAACGCGGUAUCGGAUCGGUAUAGGGAUCCGUGAACUAAAAGUGAUCGUAGACAACGAUUUUAUCUAUAAGCUGUCGUGUAAGAUGUCAUCGCAUGUGCCGCCAGUGUUUGCUCUGAUCUUCCUGAUCUCUCUUGGCUGUGUGACGUCACAGCGCACGUCAUUGGAUGUGGCUCUGAGGAAUGUCUACCGUCCGUUGCGUCUACUUGGCCUUGCCUUCACAGGGAGAUCUGGCGACGAUAUACAAAACGUGCAGCGCGUGCGAAAUGCAGGGAAAACCCAAAAAUCGAAUCCGCGGACUCGGGCCUUGCUGCAGUUCUGUGAUGCCGAGCAUGGGCCUGGAAAACGCAGCGAAGAGCGACCGACGAGUGUGCAUCGUUUGCGUCCUGGGGAUAUCGAUGUAAUCGGCGCCAUGGGCGAUUCGCUUACAGCAGGCAACGGCGUAUUUGCCACCAAUCUGCUGCACGUGACCGUGGAGAAUCGCGGCGUGGUGUGGUCGAUUGGGGGACAACACAACUGGCGAAAGUAUCUGACGUUGCCCAACAUUCUCAAGGAGUUCAAUCCGAAUCUGUAUGGGUACGCGAUCAAGGAUGGCAUAUCCACCGAUCGGUCAUCUCGCUUCGAUGUGGCCGAGCUGGCAGCCAUGUCCAGGGACAUGCCUUAUAUGGCUACGGUUCUGGUGAAACGAAUGCAGCGGGAUCCUAACGUGAACAUGACCAGGGACUGGAAGCUGGUCACCCUCUUCAUUGGGAACAACGACUUCUGCACCGACAUCUGCUACUAUCCGGAGCCGGAGAUGACGAUUAAGUGGCAUGAACAGAACAUGCUCAAGACCUAUCGUUAUCUCCGGGACAAUGUGCCCCGCCUCAUGCUGAAUGUGGUCCCUGCACCGAACCUCCGUUUUCUCACAAACCUGUCGGGCCUCCCAUCCGCCUGCUACACCACUCUGCGCUUCGAGUGCCCCUGCCUGAUGGGAAAGGGCAAGGGACGCUUGGACUACCUGGAGGGUAUCAUGAAGCGUUGGAUUGCAAAGGACUCGGAGAUUGCCAGCAGAGAGGAGUUCAGUACGGAGACUUUCACAAUCAACGUGCAGCCGUUCUCACAGUUUCGGGACUUUCCCCGCACUCGCUCCGGCAUGACGGAUACGCGCUUCUUCUCCGAGGACUGCUUCCACCUUAGCCAACGGGGCCACGCCGCUGCGGCCAACUCAAUUUGGAACAAUAUGCUCGAGCUGCCGGGCGAGAAGAGCGGCUUUGCCACCCAACUCUUUGAGACCUUCCACUGUCCCACCGAGCAGCGUCCAUUUCUCAUAACCCGGGAGAACAGUUCUCCGGACUUUGUGAUCUAACUUAAUGUGUGUUUGAGCUCUGUGAAUUUCCUGUGAUAUCUUGCCUAAGUCUUUUUUCCAUAUUCGUAUAUUCUAUGUACAUACAUAUAUACCUUAAACUUGUAUAAUACUUUUAUUUGUAGCUCAAAUUAGCGCCUUGAUAAAUGUAACUACGUGUACCCGAUGAGAAAUUGCACCUCUUCGAGAAUCAAUAAACUAAACAAAAUGAUAUUAA